AUGUCUGCGCUUUCACUGCCCUACCUUGACCCGCUGAGCCAGGCUUUGGCCAAUCUCACCUCGCCUGAAAUCCUUGCCAGUCUCACGCUCACGGAGUACCUGGCAACUUUUGCGCCGUCGCAACAGCACGAGAAGCUACCCGGAGUGGACAGAACCAACUUCACAGCGCCUGUAGAGGACGGUGUGGAGCUCUGGAUAUACAAGACGGAGGGGUUGAGUGAAGAUGUGCCGCUACCAUACAUUUUCUUCAUCCACGGCGGCGGAUGGUCUGUUGGAAGCAUUGAAGAGUACGACAGCAUCGUGAGAGACCUCGCGCUCCGCACUGGCUUCCCUGUCGUGUUUCCAGAGUACACGCUUGCACCGGAAGUUCAAUUUCCUGUGCAGCAUAACCAGUGUUACGAGUCUCUCAAGUGGCUGACAGAAAACGGCGAGUCGCUGGGUCUCCAGGGGAGGAACUUCACACUGGCAGGAGACAGUGCAGGCGCCGGCCUGAACAUCAUGUCCAUCGAAAGGAAGGAGUUUGAAAUUCCCUUUAAUGUCUUCAUCUGCCCUAUAACCUCAGCAGAUUACAACGCGCCUCCGACCCUAUCAGAGUACGAGCUAUUUGGAGGCCCAUUCAUCUCCGAGCCAAUCUUGCGUGGCAUGGCAGGAUUCUACAUGCCGCGCGAGGAGGACCGGGCGUCCGUGCUGGGGUCGCCGAGGUCGAUGCCGGAUGAGGUGGCGGCUCAGUUUCCGCCGACGCUGAUCGUGGUUGGCAGUGCCGAUGUGCUCCGCGACGCCGGAAAGCUACUCGGUGAGAAACUUCAAACUCAAGGUGUUGAUUGUGCUGUUGUCGAAGGGCACGGCCAGCUUCACGAUACGGUGGUUUCGGAGGCGGCGAGGCAGGGCCCUACGCCGAAGGCGCUGAUGACGCUGAUUGCUAGCGAGAUCACGGCGAGGCUGACUAGCUAA